UCAAGCGGUCCCGAAGUCCUGCUGAACACCUCUUCUCCCAAAGGUCGGAGCCACUGAAGGCAGGGCUACCGCCGGGAGCUGUCAAACUGAUUGGGGGUGGGCCAUCCUGGGCUUUGAUAAGUCGCACGCUCCAGGGUCCCGCCCAGUCGACCGGCCAGGGCUCUGGGACCCGAGGCACUCCAGCGGCAUGGCUCCCACCGGCACAUCAAGGAGAUCCCGACGGAGGCGGCUUGUUUUGAGGCCGUGGCAGAAAGAGGCUCUGCAAGCGUCGUUUCAGCAGAACCGGUACCCUGGCAUCACCACCAGAGAACGACUGGCCCGAGAGCUAGACAUUCCAGAGUCCAGGGUCCAGGUGUGGUUCCAGAACCAGCGCACGAGACAGCUCAGGCAGAGCCGAUUGGGGUCUGCAAACGCCCAAGUGGAAGGGCCAUCGUGUGGACAGGAACAGCCUCCAGCUUGGACUCCAGGUGAGUCCCCAGCAUACCAAACGGGUCCCUUCAGGAGCUUCUCCUUCACACAGGAACGGGUCUGCGUGGGCUUGUCAAGGGUUUGGCAAGAGGGCUUAGGAAAGGAACCCCUAUUACCGUGUUGCCCCUGCCUUUCGUGUUCCCAGCGAUGGACACUGUGUUUACACCGCCUCUUGGGCAGGUGCGUUGUUGGGCUGGGACAGAAAGGCUUUGAGUCUUCUUGUCCUGAAAGUGCCAGAAAGGACGGAGUCCUUUUCUUGGGUCACCUCAGGCUGAGAGAAUGUUUCCCAAAGGAGGGCAGGAGAAGACGGAUAGCCAUUUCUCCAUCCCAAACCAGUCUCCUCCUUCAAGCCUUUGAGAAGAACCCAUUUCCUAGCAUUUCUACCAGAGAACACCUGGCCAGACUCACAGGCCUCCCGGAAUCCCGCAUUCAGGUCUGGUUCCAGAACAGAAGAGCUCGGCACCCAGGGCAGAGCAGAAGUGGCCCCGCGAAUGACCGGGCGGCAAACCAGGAAGCCAUUCCUCACCUGACUGUCGCGGGGGACCCCGGCCCCCUGCCCGGUGUCCCCGAAUGCUCUGAGCUUCUGGCUCCUUCCAAUCCUCUGGGAAGCAUGCAGGCUCUUGCUGCAGUGAUGCUUCCUGAUCUCUCCAUGGGCUUUGCCCCUCUGGUUUCCUGUGGGGGCCUUGGGAGCCAGUCCCUGGGGGCCACUACGGCCCCGCCCACCCAAGCCUGGCAGGGAGGAAGCAACUCUCCCACUCCUGAAGCCAUGAGGAGCCAUUCCCUGAUGGGACCGACUCUGGGAGGGUCCCUCUCAGCUCGUCACGCACAUCUUUGUCCCCUGACCCAAGGGGAAUGCCAGCGGCAACAGGAGCACCCUGGCAUGGCACCCCUGCCCUUCCAAGAUGACAAUCCCCUGCCUCCAGAUGACAAUCCUUGCCAACCCGUGCAGGAGGCAGGGCCCUUGGGUAGCCACUAUGCCCCGCAGUGGUUGGGCGAGGUGUCCCGACUUGUCGUGAGCACAGGACAGGCUCCGGAUGCAGCAGUUGGGCAGCCUGCACACGCUGAGACCCCUGGCUGGCGGUGGCAGGCACCCCCUACCGCUGGGCUCUCUGUUGCCCUGGACCCACAGCACCCAUCUUCUGCAGAAGCCUCAAGUUUCUUAGAGGAGCUUCUAUCAGCCACAGAGAGGGAGGAAGACACACAGCCUUUUCCGAGUGGGCAUCUGCGGCAGGAGGAGCCUCCGGGACCCCUGGAAGCACCCCUCAGUGAGGACGAGUUUCAGGCCCUGCUGGCCAUGCUGCACGAUUCCACAUGGCCUCAGUCCUAGGACCAGGGAGGCCUCGUCCUCCCCACUCCCCAUUCCUUUUCCGAGAGGCAGUCCUUACGGGACAGCAAGGCCAAGGAACAGGAAGCAAUGCUCAUGCUCCAGAGGAAGCCCGAGGCCUAAAGGAGCAACUGUCUCUUGGAAAGAAAGAAGGGCGUUCCUCAAUGCCCCGUGGACGGGGCUCCGUGGCAUUCCCGAUGGUCAUCAAUCUCCACAAGGCACCUGAAGGCUUCAAGGACACUGGGCAGUUUACACCCUCCACGACACCUGACUGACCACUGGCGGGACACACACCGGCCCUCCUCCCUGCCAUCACCCUCGACUCUGGGGCCAGGGAAACCCUGGCCCUGGCAGCAAACCCAAGCAAG